UUGUAGCAAGGCCCUUAAGGGACUGUCAGUAGACAAUAGUCUCAGAGAUGAGAAAAUGCUGGGUCUGCUCUUGGAACGGGCUGCUGCAUAUUUUUUCUUGGGUGGCCGGAUGCAGGAAAUGAUGCAGGAUUUAGCAGAAGCCUUUGCAGCAACCCCUGACCUGGCAAUGAAGCACUUUGAAGAGCUUUUCUCACCACCUGACACUGAGAAGAUAGAAGAACAGGCUAGAACUGUCCUGGAAGUGAAGUUUGCAGCAUACAGGGAGGCUGUGCGUGCUCGGACAGAACUCAGAAGCAAUCGUUGUACUGAACUGCUCCCUGCUGUAAUCCAAACAGUGCUUUUCCUCCUGCGUAUCUCCCCAGGGUCCAAACGUGAGCUCAGAGUCCGGCUGGCAGACUGCCAUCUCCUGCAUGGACACAUCAGAGGUGCCUUGGAAAUCUGUGACCAGCUCCUGGCAGCAGAGCAGAAAACUUAUCACAAUACUCUGCUAGCAUUGCGAGGAUUCUGUGCCCUCCAUUCUCAUGAUCAUCAGCAAGCCCUGCAGGACUUUCAAAAGGUCAUUGAGCAUGAUUCCCCUCAUCCUAACAGCUGUAUUAAAGCCUUAUGUGGGCGCGGACUUAUCCGGAUUUCUGGUGGCAGCCAUUACUUGACAGCCCUGGAUUACAUCACAGCUUGCCAGUUAAAGCUAGAAGAAACCAUCUUCACCAUCAAGGCCUAUGUGCCGUGGAACCAAAGAGGAUUGCUGCUAAAGGUUCUCCAGGAAGAGGGACAGAAGAUGCUCCAGAUGAAGAGGGAUGCCCUCGGGGUUUACCAGCUGGCUUCUCUCCUGAUGGAACUGGACCCUUCUGAUGAGGCAUCACGGAUCCUUUGUGCCGAUGCUCUGUACCAGAUGGGCUGGGUAGAAGAAGCUCACAAGCUGCUCUCAUUAGCACUCUCCAGAAAUCCACAAAGAUCUCCCGUCCUGGCCAGACUCGCACUGCUGCAAUUAAAGAAAGGUUUCAUGUAUGAUGGCAAUCAGCUGCUAAAGAAAGUGAUCAAAAUUGGGGAUACCUCCUGCCUCCUGCCAAUCAUGGACAUUUUCAAGGAUGAAGACAGGAAGCUGAUGCAAACUCACUGCCGUUCCAGGGCACUGAGCAUCCUGAAGAACAAACGGGAAGAUGCUGACAUAAAAGAGGCCAUUGCCUAUCUUUCUUUUGCCAUCAUUGCUUCAGGUGGCUAUGCUGAAGAUUGCCUCCUCAUCAGGGCUCAAUGCUACGGGCACCUCGGUCAGAAGAAAACUGCUAUUUUUGAUUUUAAUGCCGUCUUAAAAGAGGACCCUGGCAAUGUGCAUGCUCUCAGUGGGCGAGGAUUAAUUUACCUUGCUCUAAAGCAGCAAAAGGAGGCAGUGCAAGAUUUGGUCUUGGCGCUGAAGGCAGAGGCAGGAAUGGUAAUCCCAGCAAUCCUGUCUCUAAAGCACGAAGCCCAAGAGCUGGUCGCUCAGUGGCUCCUUCAGCACAGCAGAACUGUGUUAGCUGAGCUUGUUGCUACCAAAGACUUUUCAAAGGAAGAAAGAACCCUCAGAGACCUUCUUGUGAUUGCAGGAGCACUAAUAAAAAUUCGCAAGGAAGCACAGUAUCACACCUUCUAUACGGAUGUUUUGAUUGCAAAUGGAAGGUAUGAAGAGGCCCUUGUUCACCUUCAGGAGGCAUUUGGGCACUCCUUUGCUGAUGAGGUUGCUAGUGCAAGACUGGCUGUGUUGCAGCUGAAGAAGAGGAACGUGGCAGCGGCAGCUCACUCAUUCAGCAUCCUAGCUAAGAAAGAUGAAAGGGAGCUGGAGUUCCUCCUGAACUUUGUAGAUGCUAAGCAACAGCAGCAUCUCUCUCAGGUAGCAGCCCAAGAAGGAAAUGUUCUGAUUAAAGGCUGUCAUUAUAAGAAGGCUCUCGGUUACUUUACCCUGGCUAUCUUGACAAGCAAAGAUAACCCAAGAUACCUCCGACAGAGGGCUGCUUGCUUUAUGCACCUCAAAAAAUAUGACAAAGCUUUAAGAGAUAUGGAGAAAGUGAUCGAGAAGCAUGGCUGUAACAGUCUGAGAACACGAGUUCAGGACCACUGCUCAAAAGGACACCUGCUGUUGUCAGUGUCACAGGAAGAAGCAGCAGUCAAACAGUAUGUUGAAGCACUGCAAUUGGAUGAAUCCACAGCACUGUGCAGCAUCAUGAAUGGCUCUGGUAGUGAAAACGUAGCAAAAACUUUUCAUAAGAUUGCACAAAGCAAUUUUGAAAUGCAGCAUUAUGAAGAGGCCUGGAAAAUCACAGAUUAUGGCCUUAAAAUUGAUCAAAAUAAUCCCGACCUUAAGAAGCUGAAAACAAGACUCAAGCGAGAGGCAUCAGGCUGUAGCAUACAUUAA